AACGAUAAUUCAGUUUAUUGUUUUAACAAAUAUACAGAUGAAUUUAGGUUUCGAUCCUGAGAGAUUUAUUUUUCACGCUAAACUGUUAAUAAAGACAAUCAAGUUUAUUAUUUUUAUCUGAGUUUGCAAAAAAAAUUAUGUUGUCGAUAAGACAGAUCACUUCCACCUCCAAGAUUCAUGGCUCAGCUGUCGGCAAUAUUGCGAACUGCAUUACCGAUCGAGUUUGACAGCUGUCAAAUGUCUCGAGUAUGAAACGUCAAAGCGCCACGAUCGGCGACGAGCCGCACAUACAUAUCUCUCUUAUCUUCUUCUUUCCCUCGGGUUUUUACGGGGGCCGAGGAGGUGCGUCUGUGGUGGUGCGCGGUUCUGACCGUGAGAAGAGAGUCGUGUGUGCGCCAAAUCCAUCGAUUAACGGGAACACACAAAUAAGAUGCAACGUCGUCUCGCUGUUCGCCGCGCGAAGUCUGGCCGUGUCGAGGAGCUGACGAUAACGAGCGGGCACCGAGUCGGACGUUAAAAAAAAAAAGUGGACGUUAUGGGAAGAUGGUGAGGCGGCUCGGUCACCUCGGCCACUGGGAACAUGGGUUCGCAAACGCUGGAGAUCUUGAGACAGGGCGUCUGGGCGAGCCUGACGGGCGGCUGGUUUUACGAUCCGCAUCUCGACGUUUUCUCCAACACCUUCCACCUAUACAUCUGGCUGUUCCUGCUCUGUCUGCCGUUCACGAUUUAUCUGUAUUUUCCUCCUACGUUAUACGUUUGGUUGGCGUAUUGCUCGUCGUUUGUUGCCGUCUUUGGAACAAUAAAGUGUAUGAAUCAUGCUCUACACUGUGUAUAUGAUACAACAGAGUGUUUGGAAGAAUCGAAUCAGACCAUCAGUCAGCAAAAGUCUGAGAGCGAAAAGAAACGAGCAGGCCACAAUAAAUCCAGGGAACAGUCGCAAGAUCAGAUGGGCCAUGGCAUAGAGCUGCAAGUUUUGAAUGGUAAGACGGAUACACCACCUGUAGAAUGUUCAUCACGUAAUUCGUUUAUAGAACCAAAUAUACAGAAUGCCGAUGCAGAUAGUAUAACGUCUGAGUAUAAUCGGGAUAAACCUAGUUCGACCAUAGAUUUAAAAGUAGAGAUACAUAGGAAAAAUAGUUCGGAAAGUUCAGAGGAAGCACAGCAGCUUAGCAAACCGAUGGUGACCAGCAUUAAUGUACACGAAGCUGAAUUAGUUUCUGCGCAAUAUCAUGAGCCACGUUUUAAGAAUAUUAUAAAUGAAUGGAAAUUGUUGCGGCAAAAGUGUGUAGUAAUAGCGGAGGAGGAUCGACCGGGACCGCGCAAAUUGUGUCGACAUGCACCUGAGGAUUCCAGAAAUCGUCAUCCUAAACAAAGCAGCCUGGGAAAGACUGGAUCGGAGAGCCAGAUAAAGCAGACCAGCUCGUUGGAAUUGGAACAUCCCGGUGACGAUUAUCCAUAUUGGAAGUCCAACCAGAGCGUUCGCAGACUCAAUUCCAACUCCAUACCAAUGGAAACGCAUCUGAUGAAUGAUCAUCCGCAGAGCUUGGAAAUUAUAUCAAAGAAGGGAGAUACAGACAACAAUAAGAUCUCGUCUCAUCCGCAAUCGUUAGAGGUCAUUACCAAAAAACCGCAUCAACAGCUGAUACAUCCGCAAAGUCUCGAAACAAUUGGCGCUGCUAGUAAAAAUAUAAAUAAUACCGACGAUAAUAAUUUACCCCUUCAUCCUCAGAGUCUUGAAACUAUUAAUACCAAAAAGGUACUUACCACAAACACAUUGAAGAGGAACCAACUGCAGCUCUUACCGUAUCUUAGUUAUGGAUCUGAAAUAGUGCAUCCAAUAGCUGAGCAGAGCGACGAACAAUUUGCCAAUGAAAGUUCAGGAGGAUUCAGUCUGCGAGACUCUUACAGUCCGUUACUUACGCGAAAAAACAUGAACGACGCAAAUGCUACGUCUAAUAGAGACAGAAGUCUAAGCGCUGGAAGAUUCGAAGAUAGAUUUUCGAGGUUUAACGAUGAUAAUGGAAUAGACAAUAACUCGGCAAAUUCCCGAGACGCUUUACUCGAUGAAUCCAAGUCCGGUGCGAAGAGAAGAUACAGUAACGCCAGUCAGAGCAGCCAUGAAUUUUCAGACGGUGAGAAAAGCAAGGAAAGGCGAUUGGACAAAUCUAAGAACGCGGAAGAUCCACUGAACACAGGAAGCGUAGUCGGAAUAGAUUGGUUGUUCGAGAGUGGAGAUUGUCCUGUGGAGCCGUGGACAAGUAAGAUAUUUUGGACUUUCACUCGCUCUGAUGAUACGGAUACGUCAGAAAGCCUACAGACGGCUAGUACAGAUUAUCUUCACGCUAAGGAACCCGACUCGGGAUCGUCCAGUACAACAACUCUCAGCAUCGAGAACGAGGUGAAGCGAAAGUUGCUACCCCAGCUGGAAGUGGACAACCAAGCCGCCAAGCGUCACCAGGGAGCGAUUCCCAAGCAAAGCCGUCCAAAACCCACCGCUACGGACGCUGUGGACGACAAUAUCGUCGCGUCUAGUGUCGAGCAACCACGGGAGAAUCUCAAACGUUACCUCGAAGUACGACGGGAGAAGGCAAGGAGGCGAGGAGGCGGUGGCAAGUUCGAGCAGACCAGCGGAUCGAACAACGAGCUGAGCACCCUGCUACCGAAUCCGGCGCCACCUUUGCUGGCCGCGUUGCUGAACAACUCCGGCCGGGAUCUGCCCGGCCAGUCAAGCUCCGCGUCGUCCGAUCUGCGACUGAGUCGCGGCUCCGAGAACCGAAACUCCCGCAGCAGGUACGGACGACUGAAACAUCCCAAUCGCGCCCAUCGUGGACUUCGAGGCAACAUUUCCAACCGCGACGACAACGUCGUCCCGUUGACCGCCCUGUUCGGCCUGAUCUCCAGCGGCGAGUAUCACCUGGCCACCAAUCAGAACGACACGUCAGAGGGAGCCGUGCAUUAUUUUCGCGACGACAAUGGUCGCUGGCUAGCCUACACGUUCGAUGAAAAGAGCUGCUCGGACGUGGCCGCAGCGGCGGCGAUGACGCAGAUGCCUACCAAUCCGCACAACGAGAAACUGCUAAACACCCUGCUGCGCCAGCAACUCAACCAGAAUAUACACUACGACGCUGCCAACUGGGAACUCGCUGAUUCUCUUAGCAACAGUUACAGUAGCCUGUCGCUGAACUCCGCCGGUCUGACGGUCAUCAUCGACACUCCACCGGUUUUGUCGAGUCCGGCGAGCAAUCAGACCAAGACGCAGAGCUCACCGCCGUCGAACCUGAUCUCGUCGAAUACCGGAAGCUCGAAUCAGUGCACUCUAGGCGAGAACUCGGAGCGCGAACAUUUUCAUCAUACGUUGAUAGCGCGCUCGGACUCGAUGGCCGAUAGGAAUCGAAGGUUGCAGAACUUGCUGGGUAACCUGAACCUGAAUCAGUAUCAAUCGGACCCUAACAGCCGCAUGCCUGUGUUGACGUUGCCGCAUCAAGAACCCGACAUAAACACGAGUCUGUCAUGGAAUCGGUUCGUCGACGGCCUCGACGGCUCCGACGGCUCCAAGCCGAAGCAGACUAGACAUUAUUACAAGUGGAAAAUCGGUAGGUUGCCGCACGUUAAGGUCCGCUUCGAUCGUCUCGCGUUGCUGGCUCUGCUGGACCGUAACUUGACCGUCUUCGAGACCAUUGUGUCCACGUUCCUGGCGGGCGCGGUCGCAGGACUGGGUCUCCUGCUGCUUCAACAGGGCUUCUAUCGAGACAUAUUUGCAUUUAUAUUCUGCUUCGUGACUGCCGGCUGCCAGUAUUCCCUGCUCAAGUCGGUCCAACCCGACGCGGCGUCGCCCACGCACGGUUUCAAUCGCAUUAUAGUGUUCUCCAGGCCCGCGUACUAUAUCCUGUGCUCGAGCCUGAUUCUGAUCUUCGACGAGAUCCUAAGGAACUUCAAAUCGUCGGACUUUCGCGUGUACGGGCUCCGCGUCGCCGAUUACGAUCUUGUGCUGCAAGUGCGAAACGUAUUGUUGAUAUUUCUGCUGUGCUUUCCAAUUGUGUUCUCCCUAGGAUUAUUUCCCCAGAUCAACACGUUCCUCAUGUACGUCUGCGAACACUUGGACAUUCAUCUGUUCGGUGGCAACGCGACCACCAGUCUGGUCUCGUCCGUAUACUGUCUAUGCCGUAGCGUAUUCGCCGUCCUUAUUCUUUACGGAUUCGCCUACGGAGCUCUUUUGGAGCCCAAAUCCUCGCAACACAUUCUGUUUUCCAUCUUCGUGGGUCUGCUCGUGGUGAUAUCCUAUCAUCUCAGCCGGUCGUCCUCGGAUCCGACCGUGAUAUGGGAUAUCCUGAAAGCGAACCUGUGGCCGCCGGAAAUAGGGGAUCGCUAUGUCGAGGAAAAGGAGGCCAAGAUCAUCGAGAAUACGUCGUCGCAACGCGACAACGUGGCCGCUAGCUACAAGGAAGCCAAGAGCAAGAUAUCCGGCAGAAAGAAGGACGUGAAGAUCAAAGUCGGCGAGCAAAUGUCGGACACCGAACUGGUGGAUCCCCUCCCGGAGAAGCUUCGUUCGACCGUGAACGCCAGAUUGAAGAACGACGCGAUCGUAUGCGCGGUCAUCGGCACCCUGUCCUUUGGUAUCCACCGUACGACGGUAUUCACGGCCCUCCAACCGGAACUCAACCCCGUCCUAUGCAGCAUCGUUAGCUGCCUGGGCUUCCUUCUGCAUUACAUCGUACCGCAGUUGCGCAAGCAGCUGCCCUGGCUGUGUCUGUCCAGGCCGGUUCUACGUAGCCACGAGCACGCGCAGUUCGAAGUACGCGAGCCGGUGAGGAUCAUGUGGUUCGAGAAGGCUUACGUAUGCCUGUGCUUCCUCGAACGGAACAUCCUGUAUCCGGUGGUCUUCCUAGGCGCGCUCACUGAGUGCUCGUCUAAGAUCGCGGACAAGUUCGGCGAGAGCGUGGGCGCGCUCAUCGUGGUCAUCUGCGGACUCAAAUCCCUGAGAUCGGCGUACUCGGACCCGUCCACUCGCUACCUCGUCUUGGUCUUCGCAGCGCUCUUCUUCCAACUGGACUUCAGCAAUCUCAGCGAGACCUUCCUCAUGGAUUACUUCGUCACCGGGAUCGCGUUCGCCAAGAUUUACGAGCUGCUCCUCAAGAUACGCUUCGUCGUUACCUACAUCGCGCCCUGGCAGAUUACCUGGGGCAGCGCGUUCCACGCGUUCGCCCAACCGUUCUCAGUGCCGCACUCGGCGAUGCUCUUCCUCCAGGCCGGUAUCUCGGCGAUGCUCAGCACGCCCUUGAACCCGUUGCUGGGCAGCGCGAUCUUCAUCUCGUCAUACGUGCGACCUGUCAAGUUCUGGGAGAGGGACUACAAGACCAGGAGAGUGGAUCACUCGAAUACGCGAAUGUCCUCGCAUCUGGAACGUAAUCUCGGCGCGGACGACAACAAUCUCAAUUCGAUAUUUUACGAACAGCUCACGCGAUCUCUUCAGCACAGUCUCUGCGGCGACCUCGCCCUAGGUCGAUGGGGUAACGUCGAGCAGGGCGACUGCUUUCUGCUCGCGUCGGAUUAUUUGAACUGUCUGGUGCACAUAGUACAAUUGGGCAACGGGCUGGUGACGUUUCAGCUCAGGGGUCUCGAGUUCCGAGGAACUUAUUGUCAGCAAAGAGAGGUGGAAGCGAUCUCGGAAGGCAUCGAGGACAACGACAACUGCUGCUGCUGCGAGAUGGGACACCUGUCGAACGUACUCAGCGUAAACGCCGCCUUCAGUCAACGCUGGCUCGCCUGGGAAGUCGCGAGCGCCAAAUACGUCCUCGAGGGAUACUCGAUCUCCGACAAUUCAGCUGGUUCCAUGCUCCAGGUGUUCGAGUUUCGCAAGGUACUGGUUACUUACUACGUGAAGAGUAUCGUCUUCUACGCCGUGAAGUCGUCCAAGUUGAAGCAGUGGCUGGAGAACGCGGACAUCAUCGACGCGCUCAAGCCUACCCUGGACAAGAACUUCGUCGACCUCGAUCCGGUCUUCAACGUGAACAUCGAUGAAGAUUUCGACUUCCGAGCGAGCGGGAUCACGCGGAGUAGUUUCUGCAAUGUUUACCUCGACUGGAUACAAUAUUGCGCUGGUAAACAAGAUAAGUCGCUGGAUAGAACUCGUGAUUCUUAUCUGGUGUCUCUGUGCCUCUCAUUGAGUCUGUUAGGAAGACGUGUCUUAGGAGCUGCAUCUCACAACACAUUAUCGGGUGUUGAGUUUUUUCUCUAUGGGCUACACGCGUUAUUUAAAGGAGAUUUUCGGAUAACAUCAGUUCGCGAUGAAUGGGUGCUGCACGACGUCGAUCUGUUGCGCAGCGUGGUCGCUAAAGGAAUAAGAAUGGCCUUGAAAUUGCAUCAGGAUCACUUUAUGAGUCCAGAACAGUACAUCGAAUCUUCAGCGCUCUUCGAGGCUAUCGACAAUCAUGAUCAGAACCUCGUCAUCAGUCACGAAGCAGAUCCACUUUGGAGGAACGCAGUCUUGAGCGGCGCUCCCAGUCUUCUGGCACUCAGACAUGUACUCGACGACGGUAUAGACGAGUACAAAGUGAUAAUGCUCAACAAACGUUUCCUGAGCUUCCGAGUGAUCAAGAUGAAUCGCGAGUGCGUCCGCGGACUCUGGGCCGGCCAGCAACAGGAGUUGGUGUACCUGAGGAACCGAAAUCCGGAGCGCGGGUCUAUACAGAAUGCCAAGCAGGCUCUUAGAAAUAUCAUCAACAGUUCCUGCGACCAGCCGAUUGGAUAUCCGAUUUAUGUCUCUCCGUUGACAACCAGUUACGCCGAGACCAACGAACAGUUGUGCUCGAUAAUCGGAGGACCGUUGACAUUCGGUACAAUAAAAAGCACUGUAUUAAAGUUAUGGAGAAGAAUAAGAAGAAGAUGCGGUCAAGGUUGUUCCUCAGGUGGCACCGGUUCUCAAGACGACGGUGGUUUCGGAAAUGACGGAGUGUACGCGAUGACCACUUACAACAUACACUCUGGCUAUGCCCAAUCGGGUCACAACACUUCUGGUUCGCAAUCGAUGGAAUCCGGCUGUCAGAUCGGCGGUUCGACCGGCCGAGGAUCCCUCGGUCGUGCGAAUACGGGUUCUCUUGGUGGUAACAGAGGCUCGCUCGCUUCUGUUGGGAAACCAACCAGUUCAACCCUCGCCAGUCUGGCCGGAUUGCUCAGUAAUAGCGACAUUAAAACGGAAACAAAGAGUGAGACAAGCUUCUCCAGCAAGCUCGAAAAGGAGGAAGUUUUUCAAAGAGUUCGUAUUAUGGAUCCUAAUCAAGUAUACGACGCAAUCAAUUUGGGUCGGCGUAUAGACGUAAUUUGGCCGGACGAGAGGAUGCGACAGCAAGGCGGUCGUUCCGGCUGGCAACAUUGGGUACCGGAAAGAGGAAUGGAAGGUUGCGUGGUCCACCGCUGGUCCCCGAAUCAUCGCGAUCCCAAUCGACGAUCGCAUGUCGACAAGGUCAUCCUACUCGUAAAGAUCGAGGAUAAAUACGUGCCGAUAGCUGAACAAGGCGUACGGGAUCUAGGAGCGGAGGUUUAGUGAGAUAUUUUUGAAACUAGUGCAAUAACUUGCGAUCAUGCCUUUUGUACUACUUGGCAAAUGAUUGUUCUCCCCGAUCUGCGGAUGCGUGAUGCGAUAACGCAUGUAUAUGUUCAGCAAAAAUAAGAAACCUUCAAAUAAGAAACUCUGAAUGCUAUUGGAUUUUAGACUUCAAUAUGCAUGAUAACAUUUGACUUUCUCAAAUCAUAAAGCAUUUCAGAUUGUUAAGAUAUUAAUAUACUAAAUUGGAAACUUUAGAGAAAAAAAUAAAACUAUUUUUGUUGAAUAAAUUUUUAUAAUUUUUAUGAAGACAUUUUUCUCUGAAAAUAUAAGUACUUGUCAAGAUUUUUGAAGGUUUCUAGUAUAAAUCACAAAAGUGCAAAAUGAAUACGAACAAAUGUAUCAUAUUGACGAUGUUGAAUACUAGUUUCGUACUUCCACAAAGU